AUGGACGUCUUCUCCUCUCUCCCCUACAGCGUCCCGCUGCUUCUUGCCGUCACGGGUACUGUGUUUCUUGGGCUCAGGAGACGCAAGGCGAAUGCAGAGGCAGACAAAGGUUUGAAGUUUCCUCCGGGGCCCAAACCCCUUCCAGUCAUCGGAAACAUCUUCGACGUUGGGCUGCAGGAGCCUUGGAUCACAUACUACGAGCAGUCUCGGAAGUACGGUGAUAUUGCGUAUUACAGUAUAUUCGGGCAGAACACGAUUGUGAUACACUCGGAGAAGAUCGCCCGGGAUCUUUUCGAGCGCAGGUCGCUGAUCUACUCGGACCGGCCGACGUUCCCCACCUUGGAGCCAUAUGGCAUCGGGUUUGCCACAUUCUUCAUGCGGUACGGCGAUACCUGGCGAGCGCACCGCAAGAUGUUUCAGCAGACAUUCAAGCCCGCAGGUUCGGCCUCGUUCCAGCCGAUGCAGCUGCGCAAGGUCCAUCAGCUCCUGCAAAAGCUUUUGACCCACCCCGGCGACUACGUGGAUCACAUUGAGCUGCUUGCAGCGGGCAUCAUCAUGUCCGUGACGUAUGAAUACGAAGUCGAGCCGCACAGCGACCCUCUCGUAAACAUCAUCACGAACGCCAACUCGCGCAUCAUUCACGUUGGUUCUGUCGACAAGUCGAUUAUGAUUGGUCUCUUCCCCUUCUUGAAAUACGUUCCGUCGUGGUUGCCAGGAGGCGUCAUGAAUGCCGCCGACUGCCGGAACCUCGUCAAGGACGCGCUCAACAUUCCGUUUGAACACCUCCGCAAGAAGCUGAACGAGGGUACCAACGGACAUUCAUCACUAGGCGCCGACUCCCUCCAAAGCUUCGGAGACAGACACACCGAAGAACAGAUCGCAAUGAUCAAGGAUGCUUGUAUGACGUCAUUCUCUGCGGGCGCGGAAACUACCGUUGCCACGAUUCUGACUGCUAUGGUCGCACUUGUGCUCCAUCCGGAAGCACAGAAGCUUGGGCAGCAAGAGAUCGACAGGGUCGUGGGGUCGCAUAGGCUUCCUAACUUCGAGGACAGGGCGUCGCUACCUUAUCUCGAAGCAAUAUAUCGCGAGUCGCUUCGGUGGCAUCCGGUCUCUCCACUUGGCGUUCCCCAUUCACCCAAUGCCGAUGAUGUAUACGAUGGUUACUUGAUUCCCAAAGGCUCCGUCGUCUUUUUCAACAAUUGGUCAAUCUCGCGAGACGAAGCCCGUUUCCCCUCGCCCGAAGAGUUCAAACCAGAGCGUUGGCUGAAGCCCGACGGCAGCAUCAUCGACGACGAGCCCGAGUUCGCGUUCGGCUUCGGGCGACGGGUCUGUCCCGGUAGACACGUCGCCGACGCGACCGUGUGGUCGGCGCUUGCGUGCAUGCUUGCGGUGUACAACCUCGAGAAGCCCAAGGGCGCGGAUGGCCGUCCUGUCGACUUUGAGCCGACGUGGGUGUCUGGGCUUUCUUCGGCACCACACCCCUUCCCGUGUAAUAUUGUCCCUCGAGAUCCCGCUAUGUACGUAGCGGCGUUGAGCGAGAGAAUCGCUGCUUCCGAGCCGUGAGGUAGUGGCUUCCUU